CCGUGUGUCUGCGGUUCAGUUUGCGCAGAGGAGCCGACGGAGCAACCUCAUCAACCACUGAUUCUACCAACAGCACCGACGACAAUACGUCAUGCCAGUGAAAGGUCUGCUUCAGCGUCUGCAAGACAAAGAGGAUGUUGUUGUGGCGGAAGGAUAUGUGUUUGAAUUUGAGAGAAGAGGUUUGCUCAAAGCCGGAGCAUUUGUACCGGAAGUCGUCAUUGAAAGACCGGAUCUCGUGAAAGGUCUCCACGAAGAGUUUGUCAAUGCCGGAAGUGACGUUUGUUUGGCAUUUACGUACUACGGUCACCGAGAGAAGCUCAGAGUUAUCGGCCGUGAAAAUGAAAUUGAGAAGUUAAACAGGGACGCGUUGCGGAUCGCGAGACAGGUGGCAGACGACACAGGGACGUUGAUGGCGGGAAAUCUCUGCAACACGACGGUGUACAGAAAGGAUAACAAAGAAGCAAUUGAGACGACGGAAUCCAUGUUUAAAGAACAAAUCGAGUGGGCGGUGGAGGAAGGUGCGGACUACAUUGUUGGUGAAACCUUCAAUGAGUUUGGGGAGGCCAUGCUCGCCCUUGAAUGCAUUAACAAAUAUGGAAAAGGACUUCCUGCAGCGAUCAGUUUUGUCCCCUUGGAGAAAGACCAAACUUCAGACGGUUCGGCGUUUGGCGUCGCCUGCCGCAAGCUAGAGGAAGCAGGGGCGGCGGCAGUUGGAUUAAACUGUGGGCGUGGUCCCAAGACAAUGCUGCCUCUUCUCAAAGAGAUCAGACAGGCCUGCAAGGGGCCUAUCGUGGCACUUCCGGUCACAUACAGCACGUGCACUAAACGUCCUUCGUUCCUUUCCCUCCAAGAUCCAAUUACAGGGCAGAGGGCUUUCCCGGUAGACCUUCCUGGCCAAACGUGUAGUCGAACGGAAAUCGCCGAAUUUGCCCGAGAAGCCAAAUCCCUGGGCGUGCAGUACGUGGGACUAUGUUGUGGCAACGCUUCUCACUACAUCCGGGUGGUGGCGGAGGAAUACGGGCGUCGACCCCCAGCCAGUAGAUACUCCCCCGAUAUGUCCCAGCACUUUAUUUUCGGGAAGAACAAAAGCAGCGAGGACCCUUACGUUAAGAAGUUGUUAGCUUAGCCAGCAUUCUAUAAUCAUACCAAAUUAUAUAAUCAUAUCAAAUUAUAUAAUAUACCAAAAGUAGUCACUGUACAAGUUUCUUGUUUAGUUCAAAGAAAAUAAAUUAUGAACAGCUCUUAAGGGACAUUUAUUAUGAUUAUAUAUGUGGUAACCCAAAUAUAUGCGAAUUUUAUAUCUGAGUCAUUACUUGUUCACCUAUCAGAGACGGUGUAUAUGACGGUUGCUAGGUAACAAAUUAAAGUCCUUCAC